AUGGCACUGGAUGAUCUGCGCGAGGAGGCGCUCAACACACUUCAGCAAGCUAUCGAAUAUUCUUUCGAGAAACAAAAAUCGGACGGCCAUUGGACCGAGGAAUGCGUAGCAGAUGUGACCUUUACUUGCCAAUAUGUCAUGUUCAAGAGACCAGAAAGAGGAUGGCUCUUGGUGUCUGGCCCCAACGCUGUCGGGAAUGCUUCGACAACCACGGAGGCUUAUCUCGCUCUGAAAAUUCUCAAUGUCCCAGCAGAUCACCCGUCUAUGCUCAAGGCGAGCGCCUGGGUGCGAAAAGCUGGAGGAGUCGAGAAGAUGCCGGCCGAAUUGAUCCUGAUGCCCCCGUCAUUUUUCCUCAACAUCUAUACAUUGUCCUCGUGGGCACGAAGUACCCUUAUUCCAUGUUUGAUUAUUCGCCACCACGAUCCUGUAUACGCGCUUCCUAACGGGCGGAGUGCCGAUAAUGAUUUUCUGGACGAGCUGUGGUCCAAUCCCAGGAAUAAGAAUAUUCCAUUCGCGUCUCCUUUGUCAACCAUGCUAUGGAAGGGUGACUACAUUGAAUAUGGGUUCACGCUUUUUGAUAACAUUCUCGGGCUUCUAGGGGGACUAAAACACUCUCCUAACCGGGGUCUUGCCCGGAAAAAAUGCGUCGACUGGCUUAUAGAACACCAGGAAGUUCAAGGCGACUGGGCUGGAUUUUUCCCACCCAUGCAUGGAAGUCCAUGGGCCUUGAUUGAGGAAGGAUACCCAUUUGAUCAUAAAGCUGUUGUUCUUGGACUCGAUGCUUUGGAGCGCUUGUCUACAACUGACACACGCGGAAAGAGACUGGCACCCACUAUUUCGCCUUUAUGGGAUACAGCUUUAAUGAUCGGGGCAAUGUGCGACGCGGGCGUUGGGAGAGAUGCCCGUGUACAAAAGGCUAUCAAUUAUGUGAAAGAACGUCAACUUCUGGGCCCUGAAGGAGACUGGCGCAUUUAUAGUCGCAACCAACAACCUGGAGGAUGGAGUUUUGAGUACUUUAAUACGUGGUAUCCAGAUGUGGAUGACACAGCAGUUGUGGUGAUGUCUCUGAUAAAGCAAGACCCAUACUUCAUUGAGUCAGAACGUAUAUCGAAUGCGGUCACCUGGAUGCUGGGCAUGCACAAUCGUGAUGGUGGUUUUGCGGCAUUCGAUGUCGAUAAUGACAAGCUCGGGCUACACAAGAUACCAUUCAGUGACAUGGAUAGUCUCUGCGACCCAAGUACUGCUGACGUCACAGGGCGUGUUUUGGAAUGCUUUGGACUUUUGCUCUCGCAUAGAAAAGGAUCACUGGACAGAAAGUUGCAGCUCCGGGUCCAGCUGGCUUCCGAGCGUGCGAUAGAGUUUCUGCUAGCAAAGCAAGAGCCCUUUGGAGGAUGGUGGGGACGUUGGGGAAACAAUUACAAUUACGGAACUAGCAAUGUUCUGAGAGGUUUGGUCCACUUUGCACAAGACAGUGCAAAGGUUCAGCACAUGGUCGAUCGUGCCACACGCUGGUUUGAGUCGGUGCAGAAUUCCGACGGAGGCUGGGGGGAAACCCUUGUUACCUACGAACGUCCAGAGCUGGCAGGUACUGGUGAGAGCACACCUGCUCAAACCGCAUGGGGAGUUACGGCUUUGCUGCCGUAUCGUCCAGCCUCUUAUCCAGCAAUUGAAAGAGGGAUUCGGUGGCUCAUUGCCAAUCAAACUGAUAAAUCACUCAUUGGUGCCACAUGGAAUCAAGACGUGUAUCCCGGAACAGGGUUUCCAAUGGUGCUCUAUCUAAACUAUCCGUACUACCAUCACUAUUUCCCGAUCACGGCUCUGGCAAAAUAUCUGGAUGGGACCCAAGGGUUAAGUUUCAAGCCUGUUGAACUUACUCUUAGAAUUUCCGGAUCUCUAAAUCGUCCUUGCGUUCUUCUAAUGGUUGUGGGAAGUCGUGGGGAUGUUCAAGUAUUCCUGCGUACAGCAGCGUUCCUUACCAGCUCAUGCGGAUAUCGCGUAAGAAUUGCGACACAUGCAGAGCAUCAGAAGCUGGUGGAAAGCAGAGGGUUCGAGUUCUACUGCGUGGCUGGAAGCUCAGCAGCAUUUGCGAAGACCUUAACUACCAAGCCCAAUAUAUUACUUUCUACCAUCAAAGGCGACUUUGGGGUCUUAAGGCAAGCACUUAUCCUUAUGGUUUGUGGAUUCUGGAGAGCCAGCAUCGACAGCAAUGAGAGUAGCGAUUGCAGGAAGAAGCUCUCUCACCGUCCAUUCGUGGCUGACUCAAUUGUUUCGUGCAAUUCAGCCCUCACUCAUAUCCAUUGUGCGCAAAAACUCCAAGUGCCACUUGUUCUUGUCUCCCUGCAACCACAGCUGUCUACCAGCGAAUUUCCUAAUGCGUUGAUCAUGUCGGAACCGAAUUAUAGACAAGUCACUUUGGGAAAUUAUAUUUCAUUCAUUUGUUUAGACAUACUGAAUUGGCUGGCAUUAGGAUACCACUUGAAUUAUCUUCGAGUGAAAGAAUAUGGUAUGCCGGCUGUGUCUUGGACCUGGGCUGUAUUUGAUUUGGUGAAGAUGGGAAUUUCCCAUUUUUGCCUGUGGUCACCUCAUGUGCUUCCACGCCUAGCCGAAUGGGACUCCAACGUGGCCAUUGCUGGAUAUGCUUUCGAUGAAGCGCCGAAUUAUACACCCCCGAAAGCUCUGGAAAGUUUCCUGGACACGGACAAGCCGGUGUUGGCGAUAUCAUUCGGUUCAGCUGACAUUCCCUAUCCCGUGAAGCUGAUGGCUAUUGUCUUUGCUGCCGUGAAGAGAGUUGGAGCCAAGGCAGUUGUCUGCCGGAGAUGGUCCGACAUCGACGCUAAAAUACCAGUUCCUGAUCACAUCUUCGUCAUUGAUGAGAUUCCCUACGCAUGGCUUCUGCCGCAUGUCCAAGGUUUUGUUCACCAUGGCGGUGCUGGGCACAUAGGUAGUUUUUGGGCCGCCAAGAUUCAGCAGCUGGGACUGGGACCACCUCCACUAAACCACCGUAGGCUGACAGCUGAGACACUGGUGGCAUCUUUGGAAGACCUGCUUUCAGGCAAAUAUCGUACCCACUGCAUGGAAAUGGCUUCAAAAAUUGCUUCUGACAAGGAUGGUGCGGAGGUAGUCGGAGAAACAGUCGUCCAUACACAGAACUCCGUUGGAAAAGGCCUCUACUGCAGCAUCAUCCCAGAGUUAAGAGCACCAUGGAAGCAUACGAGUCUGUCGCUGCCCUUAUCGGGCGCUGUGGCUGCCUGUCUGGUGUCCCGCAAUAUCUUACAUUGGUCAGAUUUGGAACUGGAGCCCACAUUUGAUUGGUCCGACAAAACUGCGCCUAGAUCAGAAGGCAUUGUUAAAGUGUUGAAAGUUCUUACACAACUCUUUGCUAUGGUCACCUGGAUCCUUUAUGCCUUUCUGCAGUGGAUCAAGCUUCGGAGCACCGAACAUCCAGAGGAUACAUUUAUUACCAAGAAGCGGGAUCCGGUUCGGCAGGCGAGGAUAAGACAGGCCCACUAUGACUUGGAAUUCAUAAAUGGCCAUGAUCUCAAAAUGGAGGACGGGGCAAGCGUCGAGGAUAAUGAGCAUGACGAAAGUAAUAAGGUGACAGUGCGACUAUAUAAUGCAGAAUUACCGAUAUUCGCCAUAUCUAUCAACCUCGAAAAAUCAUUCGCUCCGAAUCGAGGUAGAAUGUCCUCCCUCGUUGUGUUAGGGAUUAUUGGUCUCCAACUUGCCAUUUACGGCUCUGGUCUUAGCUUUCACAGCAGCAGACUCGGUUCUUCGACUCGCUGCUCUUCCACUCAUGCCCCCAUGCAGCCACCUUAA